CCCAGCUGGUUUAUUGUGAAGGCUGACAGCGGAAGUCCUCCUCUCCACCCCGCCUUCCUGACUUGACUGCGCCGUGUCGGGAGUGAGGCAGUGUUUCAGGGAAUCGCCAGUCCGUGAGCGUGGCCUGUCGGUGCGGGCAUGAGAGGAAGUCCGGAGCGUUAACCUGCUACUUCCCGGAGCACAGGCCGCCGCAGCGUCUACCCCGACGGGACAACCCCGGCCGCUGCGGGCGCUACCCCUCACCGGCUCGCUAAGCUAGCUCACGUCUCGGAGAGCGGGGCCUCUGUGCUGCUACGGCUCGGUUCCUCAACAUACUCCGUCGGUUUCGUGGAGCGACUUCCUGCCGCGAUGGAGAACCUGAGAGAAGCGCUGGAGAAGCUGAAGCUUGCGUCCUCAGACAGCACCACGGACGGCACGGAGAGCAGUCUGGACUGCCUGCUCAGCGCCCUGGCCCACAACAACACUGAGGCCAGCAGGAAGAUGCAGGAGAUGGGCAUUCUUCCCCUGCUCCCCACCCUGCUCAACCCGCAGUCCUCCUGCACCCCGAAGGUCGCCAACAUCAUAGCUGAGAUGGCCAAAAACGAGUUCAUGCGGAGUCCCUGCGUGGAAGCCGGCCUCAUAGCUCCUCUAGUUCAGCUGCUAAACUCCACCGACCAGGAGGUUUUACUGCAAACCGGCCGGGCGCUUGGCAACAUCUGCUAUGACAGCCAUGAGGGCAGGAAUGCAGUUCACCUGGCAGGAGGGGCUCAGAUAGUAGCUGAACACAUUAAAUCCCUCUCCCAAAAUACUGAUCCGGAAAAUGAGAGGCUCUUGACUGUCUUUUGUGGCAUGCUGAUGAACUAUAGCAAUGAUAAUGAUACCUUACAAGCCCAGUUGAUUAAUAUGGGUGUUAUUCCCACCCUGGUGAAGCUGCUGGGCAUCCAUUCCCACAACACUGCGCUGACAGAAAUGUGUCUGAUUGCCUUCGGGAACUUGGCAGAGCUGGAGUCCAGCAAAGAGCAGUUUGCCUCCACCAAUAUUGCUGAGGAGCUGGUGCGACUUUUCCAGAAGCAGACGGAGCACGAGAAGAAGGAGAUGAUCUUUGAAGUUCUGGCUCCACUUGCUGAAAAUGAUGUUAUAAAGCUGCAGCUGGUGGAUGCUGGCCUGGUGGAGUGUCUGCUGGAGGUGGUGGGCCAGACUGUGGACGGCGAGCGGGAGGAGGACAUCGCUCAGCUCAAGACCGCCUCUGAUCUCAUGGUUCUCCUGCUUCUCGGGGACGAGUCCAUGCAGAAGCUGUUUGAGGGAGGAAAAGGCAGCGUCUUCCAGAGGGUCCUGUCUUGGAUCCCAUCCCACAACCACCAGCUGCAGCUCGCUGGGGCUUUGGCCAUCGCAAACUUUGCCCGCAACGAUGGGAACUGCAUCCAUAUGGUGGACACUGGGAUCGUUCAGAAACUUCUGGAGCUGUUGGAUCGCCAUGUUGAAGAAGGCAACGUGACCGUCCAGCAUGCAGCACUCAGCGCUUUACGCAACCUAGCUAUACCUGUGGUGAACAAAUCCAAGAUGCUGUCUGCUGGUGUAGCAGACGUGGUCUUAAAGUUCUUGCAGUCAGAGAUGCCUCCAGUCCAGUUUAAACUACUUGGAACGUUACGAAUGCUCAUCGAUACUCAAGCUGAAGCCGCGGAGCAGCUGGGAACCAAUGGGAAGCUGGUUGAGAGGCUAGUGGAGUGGUGUGAAGCCAAAGAUCACGCAGGGGUGAUGGGCGAGUCCAACCGGCUCCUAUCGGCUCUGAUCCGACACAGCAAAUCUAAGGAAGUUGUCAGGACUGUGAUCCAGAAAGGAGGCGUCAAGCACCUAGUAACCAUGGCAACCAGUGAACACAUGAUCAUGCAGAAUGAAGCGCUGGUGGCUUUGGGGCUUAUAGCGGCGCUGGAUUUGGUUGCAGCUGAGAAGGACUUUGUUGGAGCCAGCUUGGUGUCGGUGCUUCACAAGCUGCUGUCAGAUGAAAGGAGCGCGCCAGAGAUAAAAUACAACUCCAUGAUCCUCAUCUGUGCAGUCAUGGGUUCAGAACCUCUCCACAAAGAAGUGCAGAGCCUGGCCUUUAUCGACGUGGUGUCCAAGCUGAGAGCUCAUGAAAACAAGACGGUGUCGCACCAGGCCUCGCUCACAGAGCAGCGACUAACUGCCCAGAGCUAAAUGACUGUGCCCACUCCCAACCACCCCCCCUCCCCCCGCCCCUGAAUGCCUGCCUGCCCACCUCCCACCUAACUGACACCUCAUGACUGCUCCCCCAUCGUCAUGUGCCAAGGUACCACGUCGCGAUAACUGCCAGCCAGACGUCCCCCCCCCCCUCUCUGUCCUCUGCUCCCCGCGCAGCCUGUCUUAGAAACAAGCCGCUAAACAGAAGCGUUCUCCAAUUCCACAGCACCUGUAAUUUGUCUCUAAUGUUGAAAUGAACAGAAUCUACCCAUAUCUGUUGUUUUUAGCUUCCACGACGGUUUUAAACGGCCAGCCGCUUACACGUACUUUCUGUUUGAAAGCCAUAAAAAUGAUUCAGGUGGGAUGCUGAGGCGGGGGUCCUUCAGGCUUUCCACGCUGGGGCAGUAAGGAUACCACCCCACCCCCGUGCAUGUAUGUUCUGCCUCAAGCCUGAAGCAGCAGAUGCCGCUAUUUAAGACCACAGCUGUGACACCAGUAACCCACCCUAAGAUCGUGCACAAAGACUUUCAGAAGUAAAAAAAAAAAAAACGGACAAAAAAAAGGGCCUUGUUCUGAUUUCUUUUCUCCAAGCCGCCUCCCAUGAUGUCCCCGGUCAUGUCUCAUGUAGCUGGAGUAUAAUCUGAGUAGAACCUGUGCAUGUUUUUGUCCUGUUCAAGCUGUGACCGUGUUCAUUUUUACCUCUACGGCCGCCUGCUUCGUUCUGGGUCCGACGCUCUUUUAUUCGCUCUUCCUGAGCCUUGGAUGUAGAGAUUUUAGCGUUUCAGUUGCGCAGCUCUCCCAGCACACUCCCCGAUCCAAUGGCUGGACAGUGUAAGCAGAGCCCCAGCCAAGGUCCAGCCUGUCCCGGAAGAAGAGCCGGACUAAGCGCAGCCAGGUUUAGGUCAGAUGAUGUCCCUCUGGACAGUGGGGAAUGUUCUUUUCCCAUCUCAAGCCUCAUGUAGAGCCAUCAGCGGUGAGGCUGGAGUCUUAGCUGGGGCUCUUCGCCUCGAUCCAACACCACCAGACUUCAUAUUGUGGUCUGUCUUUUAACGUCUCCUUGUGGUUUCUCAGCAGAGUUUACUGUUAGAAUAUCAAAAGUAUGCGUUCAGCACAUGUUAGCCAAUCCCUUUGACCAAUUUAAUCAAUUUAAAUCAUGUUUACAGAAAGUUUUAUUAAAGCUUAUAGUUGCAAAUCCAGAUUUGUCAAUACACAUCGUGGAAUCUGUGUAAAAUGACUAUUUAUUACGCUGUGGAUGAAGCUCAUCUUUUGAUAUUUUGUAGAUGAUAGAUGCUAUGAAGAGCAGUCCCCUUCCCCCCCCAAACCCAUUGGUAGUUCGGGUCCGAGGGGGGUCCCUGCUAACAUGCCCGUCUGAGCAUGUGCGACACUGUGCCGUCACUCGGUGUGUUCCUCAGCCUGGGCCCAAACGUCUCGUUUUUAAAGAUAUGAAUGGUUAUUUAUCAGAUUUGUGAUCUACUUGAGACACAUGCCAGUGGAGAUGUAUCCAUUGUAACUGCAUAAAAAUACUCUCAACACAAGUGUUUGUUGUAAAUGUUAUGAGUUGUACAUUUGAAGGACUCAACAGACAAUUAAAAGAUAAUAGCUGGUGA